CUUUGCAAAGUCACGAGGGAAAAUAGAUGGACGUGUUUCAGUACAAUUCUGGAUCUAAGUAAAACUCAAGCUAAUAACUUCUCUUUUUAUUUUUGAUUUUCAAUAACUUAUAAAUUCAACACAGAAACUGUAUAAAAUACAAAAAAAAAAUGAGGAGCAAAUUUAGGACUUAUUCAACUUUAGCUGUUUUUAUUGUUCUGAUUUCUAGUGGACAAUGUCAAUUCUCAAUGUCCAGUAUGCUAGGAUCCAUGAAUCCCUCCAUGUUGUCAGGCAUGAAUCCUUCCAUGUUUGGGUCUGGAAGUUCAUCUUUGAUGGCAGGUAUGGGUGGCAUGGGCAGCAUGGGUGGCAUGCCAGGAAUGGGCAGCAUGGGAAAUUUUGGCUCAAGCAUGAUGAUGCCAAGUAUGAUGGCUAUGGGGCAAGCAAUGAAUGACCCUCUGAUGAGUCUUGCGAUGGGAUCUAUCGAGCUGAAUCCCACAGAGGUAAUGAUUCUAAACAAUCUUGUGCAAACAAUUGUUGGGCCAGAGGCUUCUGUUAACCCAGCCUUGAUGGUUCUGUACAGCAGUGACGGUGGGCUGCCUAUCAACGCAGCCAAAAUGAUCCCGUACAUCACCAUCAUGCAAGGUAUGGCAAAAGACUUGAAGAUAAAAGUACCUGGUGUCUCUGGUGAAGCAACUAAAGAACAAAUUGAAAACUACAUUUUCCAGAGAUCACUUAUGUGGAUGCAACAAAGAAAUAUGGCCGGAGCUUUCAUUGAAAAUGCCGGAUUUUUCUUAAUGAGCAAUGCUAUGAAUGGCAAUUCGUUUUCGUCACCUUCUUCAUCUUCAUCAUCACCAGCCUCCACCGCCAACACUGCCGCGGCAACAGCCCGUGCUGCAGCAGCCGCACGGGAAUCACUUGCCAAGUUUAUUAAAUCACAAACAGAUAAAACUGCGUCCACAGGUAAAUCUGCUUCAGCUGGUAAACCAGCAGCUGGCUCUGGAGCAGCUUCUAAAGCAACAACUCCCAAACCACCAACAUUUAGUAAAGAGUUUGUUGCCCAAAUGAUUGCUGCUUCCAACAGCCAACCAUCUUUGCCUGCGCGCAUGCCAAUUAAUAUGCCAUCUGGCAUGAAUUUCCCUGCAGGUAUGUCUAUGCCUAUGGGAAUGUCCUCUGGAUUUUCCCUUCCAAUGUCUUCGGGUGAGGGCUCAACAGCAGGGGGUGCAGGAAUGAAUCCUUCAAAUAUGAUGGCAAUGGAAAUGUUGGGAUUUUAAACAUUUAUUUGUUUAAUUAGUCUAAGCGUUUUAUUUAAAAAGUUUGUUCUAGCAAUUUUUAUUUCAACAUAACUAAUGUUAAACAAAUUUAAUUGGCAUUGUUGCAAUAACUAAUUUUAUCACAUUUUUAUAUACUGUGUAUAUUUAUACUGAAUUGAUGUUAUGUUUGAAUUUGCUGUAUAUGUAAUAAUCAUGUUCAAGCAGAAAGACAAAUAAAGAAGAAUUCAGGAUAUCAAAUGAAA